UAAAAUGUCAGUAACACCACUGCCGACGACCUGGACGGCAUGAAGACGCAGUCGCCGAUAGUGGCAAUGGCAAAUAAUAAUGACCCUCUGCCCCUCGGAUGGGAGAUAAAAAUUGACCCGCAGACUGGGUGGCCUUUCUUUGUGGAUCAUAACAAUCGCACGACAACGUGGAACGACCCAAGGCACGACGUUAAGAUUAGCACCUUGUCUCAAAAUGGGCCUAGCAUACCCCCGGAUCCAAAUCCACAGGAGACACAGAAGACCUUUGUGAGGGAGAUGAAGCACCCCACUCUUCGUCAGGGGUAUGUCCCGAUCCCUGUCUUCCAUGAGGGGGCGGACCUACGACAGCAACAGAGCCCAUGUUUUUCCUAUAUUCAGCCAGCUACCAUACAGAAUAUACGGACAGAUGGACGGACACCUUCUCCCACGCCAGGGCUCCACUGCAGACCUAGAUCUCCAUUACACGUAUCCACAGACAGUUUCACCACUGAGCCUGGCAAGUCAUGCUCACCUGUUUCGCCAACACCAGAGGUUCACAAUGCCCCCCUUCACCAACCUCCACGACCCAGCAGCGCUGGCCUUCAGGCAGGUUAUAUCCCAAUCCCAGUGAUCCAUGAGGGCGGGGGAGGCCAAGCACAACCACAGGUUCAAGUAAAUCCCACCAUCUACUCUCAGCGGGUUCCAUUCUCAGAACAGCAGCAGCCCUUUCAUCGCCUACAGCCUGAUGAAAGGAUCAGCCACUCUGCAGCCAUGCAGUCUCCCCGGGAGAGGGCUUCUCCAAUCCUUCUAAACCAACAUCGUGAUGCCGCUCCUAUUCACCUCCCAGCUCAUGUGAGAUGCCAGUCUCCUGUUAUAGCACAGGUGAUGGGAGAGAGACCACAGGUUCAACAUCAUGUCCCCUUGAGAGACGUUCCCAUGAAAGUGGAGCAGGAACAACUAAGCAGUCAACAGAGAACCGAGAUCCCCCCUAUCCCCCAGUCCACACACAUGGAGGUUGAUAGCCAGAAGCCUCAAAACACUCAGCAUUUCCAGCAAAUAUCCCCACAGCAGCCACAACAGUACCAACAACAGUCACCGCAGCAGUCACUACAAAUGCAGCAACCACAACAGUCUCAGCAAACACACCCUCAGCCAUUGCAACAGUUACAACAGUCUGAGCAGUUAAUUAUGCCAAAGCAGCAACAGGUCCAGAUGCCUCAACAACCUGAGCAGCCGGAGCAGCCGCAGCAAACGGCAAACAUCACAGUCCAAAUACCUCCUAAAACAGAACCCCAGGACUUGGCAGCUGUUCCUCCUGAGGUCCCACCUGUAAAGGUAGAAGAUCAGCAGGCCGGUCAGUGCCCAAGCCACCCUGGCUUAAUCAAGGUACAGCAGAUAACUGAGCGAGUCGCUAAACUGGAGCAGGAGGUCAAAAGCUUUGAGGGGAAGAAGAACGAUAAGAAAUACUUGCUCUUGGAGGAGCUGUUGACCAAAGAGCUGUUAGCACUGGACUCUGUUGACCCAGAGGGCCGCAUAGAUGUACGGCAGGCGAGACGUGAUGGGGUCCGUCGCGUUCAGACCAUACUGGAGGCACUGGAGCAACUGGAAGAGCAGCCAGCUUGGUCUACCGUUGAGUCCUCAAUGGAGUGUGACAGCCUACCGCAGAAAGGAGAGGAGCCCAGUAUGAUCACCAAAGAAAAUGUUGAGAUUGCACGGGAGAUAUCAUAACGGCUGCAUAGCAUAUAUAUAAAGAAGAGAGAGUGAUGAUCUGCUUCGAAGCGGAUGGUGAUCAAGUCUGCCUCAACCAGCUUUCUUCUUCCUCUCUUUCUAUAGCUGUUAUUCAACUGUAAGUUGCAUGCAUUGAAUAAUUAACAGUGUUGGUAUUUCCUGGCAUUCACCACGUAAUCAAUGGUAGCUCAGUGCAAUCAUGUAUUACUUUCAAGACAGUGUUGCUGCCUUCUUUCUAGUGCCAAUGUCCUCAUAAUAAGACUGGUCAAGAUAUUGACGACAACAAUUUCAAUUAAAAGUCAAGAAGAAAUAAGAGGCCUUUAAUGGGAAAUGGAAGGAAACAAUUGGUUAUGUUUUGUUUUUAGUUUUUAACAGAAAUGUUUGUGUCGUUGUCAAGAUGAUGUUAUGUAUGAAGCCUUUCUGUAUUCAGUCAGAGGAAUACCAGUUACCAUACUGGUGCAUCAGUUUGGGCUCUCAAGCAGUUAUACUAAUGGUGAAAAACACAACACCAAGCCAUUUAUUCCUCAUAGCCGCAGGGCCAUUUAAGGAGCUGCUUUGUCACAGAACACAGUGAUGUUUAUUAGAUGCUGCUUUUUGGUGCAUUACCUAUUUUGCUGUCUUUGCACUUAUACCACACCAUUCUUGAACUGUAACAUGCUGAGAGAUCAGCAGCACUUCAUUUGAAAUAUUUCAGGCACGCUAAGUUUUAAUUGAUAUACUGUUUGGUGUUUUUAUGUUUACUGUUUUAUUUGACAAUUAAAAAAAAUCAUAAUAUAUUUUGUUCCAGAAAUUAACGUAAAUGAUUUUUGAAUUUUGGUACAUUUAUCAAUGCAUAAUGAUGACAGAAAUGGAUGUGAGCUAUGUAUCCUACUUGAUAUUUGAGACAAUCAGCAGUUGCUGCUAAUUCUUGAUUUAGCAGCAAGUUAAAGAAUGUCAGUGUCAUAUGAAAGCCACAGUCCGUGGAAAAGUGCAUAAGAGCCUUAUGACCCCAACAGUGACACCAAGUGAAUUAGCUAUCGUCAUAAGAAAAUCACAAACAAUCUGUACGGUGUAUCUUUUCUGCACAGUCACAAGGUAACUUAACUUAAAACGUUUUCACAUGUUACAGAUUGUUACCUAGUGUUAAUCACAGAUUGUGAGCAGCAGGUUAUUGUACUGUUGAAAGUAAGUCACAUUGGUAUAGUUGCAAAUAAAGAUGUCUUUGACUUUGA